CUCUUGUAUCAUUGUAUAUCAUCCUCACAAUGUCCUCCCCUCCUCGCUAUACAGACGAGCCUGCCCCUGGAUCCAAGCCAGCAAAGACCUACGGCGCUGCCACCACAGACUUGGAGUCAUCUGUCCCGCUGCUCGCCUCAACUUCGCGUAAUGCCUGGAUGGAUCAGCCUGCCUCCGAUGAACUUCCCGAUGACUUCAAGAUCGGUGUGCUCGUGAUAGAUUGUGACGAAGAGAUACGUCGUGCUUUCGUACGCAAGGUAUACUCGAUACUGUCCAUACAGCUCUUGGCCACUGCCAUUGUCUCCGCCGUCCUUCGUCUUCCCGCAGCUGUCGCUUUCCACCAGGACCAUCCAUGGAUGAUCUAUAUCCCCAUGCUGGGUAGUUUCGCAGCUCUGGGUGGUGUGUACUGGAAGAGGCACCAGCAUCCUGCCAACUUGAUACUCCUGGGGCUGUUCACUAUGUUCGAGGCGAUGUUGGUUGGGACGGUGGUGAGUUACUACGACAGUAAAAUCGUAUUACAAGCUCUAUUCAUCACUCUCGGAGUGUUCGCAGGACUCACACUGUUCACGUUCCAGACCAAGUUCGACUUCUCGUCCUUUGGUCCUUUUCUAUUCGCAGGUAUCAUGGGACUCCUCACAGCUUCUCUCGUCUCCAUUUUCCUCCCUUUUGAUGCCAAUCUCGACCUCGGUAUCGCAUGUUUCUCCGUUCUUCUUUUCUCAGGAUUUGUCCUUUACGACACGCAACAGAUACUGAAACGGUUCAGCGUGGACGAGUAUUGUAUCGCUACCCUUACGCUGUAUCUGGAUGUCCUCAAUUUGUUCUUGAGCAUUCUGCGUAUUCUGAACAAUCAGAACAACCGAUGAAAACCGGAUGGAGCAGGUGUCCUGCCGCAUUUGGCAAGACACACGAGAAGACCUUUCAGAUUUUCUGCCCACUCGUCGGGCCAUCAUUAUACCAUCCAGCUCUAAGAUCAUAGUCAUGUAUGCUUGUAUGUCCUUCCUCCC